AUGACAGAGAUGAAGAAAGUAGACAGACCCCGACCCAUAUUCGACAAAGGAGGUUUGGACAAGUCCAAAUACUCUGCUUUCCAUGAUGGACCGGGUCACACAACUGAUCAAUACUGGGAUCUCCGAGAUGCUAUGGAGAAAUUUGUGAGAGAUGGACGAUUACGCCAAUAUGUGAUCAAAACCCAGGGCUCCAGAAAAAGGAAGUCAGGAAACAUAAAAAGAAGUAAAAGCCUGGUUCCUGAGAAGAAAAACAAAGACGAAAGGAACCACAGAGAUGAUUCCAACCCUGACGAGUUCCCGGAAGCGGAAUUCGACUGCAACGUAAUCAGUGGCGCCCUUGGAGGAGGGGGUGACACUGUAAGUGCAAGAAGGAAGUACUUGAAAGAGGUCCUUUCAAUUCAGGACCGUCCUAAAUUCAAGGAAGACCCAAGCAAACUGGAUCCCCCUUUGUUGUAUUUUACAAAGGAGGACAUGCAUGGUGUGUUGCCAGGACAUGUUGAUGGACUAGUCAUUGCUGGAACCCUGGAGUCCAGGGGAUGCUAUUUCGACACCGUCAAAGACAAUGAAGAUGGACAUACUGGUCCACCCCGAAUUCAUGCAGGGGAUAAACAAGGCAAGAACACAAUCCAGCACCACUCCCAGAAGCCUGUUAAUGUGGUUGAACUCGACAUGAGAAAAGAAAUAAUAUCGAGACCUGAACCUGAUGGAGAACUAGAAAACCUCACAUUGGGAAAAGAACCCGGUCAAUUUACCCGAAUUGGUAAGACCAUAGAUCGCCAAGUUAAAGAAGAAUUGGCUGAUUUCCUCAAGAGCAACACGGAUGUGUUUGCUUGGAAGUCGUCUGAAAUCUCGGGCAUCAAUCCCGCCUUCUGCUGCCAAAAGCUGGCAGUUUAUCCGGGAUCCAUGCCGGUUUCCCAAAAGAAAAGGAAGUUGGGACUAGAAAGGAAACACAUUCUAGAAGAACACGUUAAGGAGCUUUUGGAUGCCGGGUUCAUUCGGGAGAUACAAUACACAACAUGGCUUGCGAAUGUGGUGAUGGUGAAAAAAUCAAAUGGGAAAUGGAGAGUAUGUAUUGAUUACACGGACUUGAACAAAGUUUGCCCAAAGGAUUCUUAUCCUAUGCCUAACAUAAACCAGCUGGUAGAUAACUCGACUAGAUUUCAUUUGUUGUCCUUCAUGGAUGCCUACUCGGGAUACAACCAGAUUCCAAUGUACCCGGGGGAUCAAGAAAAAUCCGCUUUUAUUGCUGAAAAGACCAAUUAUUGCUACAAUGUAAUGUCAUUUGGGCUUAAAAACUCAAGGGCAACCUAUCAGAGGAUGAUGAAUAAAGUGUUUGAAGAUCAGCUGGGCAAGAAUGUAGAAGUAUACAUUAACGAUAUGAUCGUAAAGUCAUUUGAUAUGACGAAUCAUGUUCAGGAUCUCGAACAGACAUUUCAAAAGCUUAGGAAGUAUCGUAUCCGCCUUAACCCAGUAAAAUAUGCAUUUGGAGUCCCAGCUGGGAAUUUUUUAGGUUUCAUGUUAACCCAUAGAGGAAUUGAAGCGAAUCCUGACAAAUGCAAGGCAAUACUUGAUAUGAAAGAAGCAAUAGAAGGAUGGAACCCGGAGUGCCAAGCCGCGUUCGACAAAGUCAAGAAAUGCUUAGCAACUCCACCAGUGCUCUCAAAGCCAAACCCAGGAGAUAUUCUAAUCCUGUAUCUCGCUGUGGGGGAGGAGGCAAUAAGUGUUGUCCUGAUCAAGGAAACUAACGAAGGUCAAGAGCCGAUUUAUUUUGUCAGUAGAGCCUUACAAGGUGCAGAGGUCAGGUAUCAAAAGCUAGAAAAGGUGGUCGUUGCUUUGCUGAUCACAGCCAAGAGGUUACGGCCAUAUUUUCAGGGGCAUCAAAUAAUUGUCAGGACCAAUCAGCCUAUACGACAGGUGUUGCAUAAGUCGGACCUGGCAGGAAGAAUGGCAAACUGGGCAAUUGAGCUUAGUGAGUACGACAUAGCGUAUGAAAGUCGGAAGGCCAUCAAGUCACAAGCUCUGGCCAACUUCAUAAUGGAGCUGACACCAUUGAACCCAGAACAUGAGGAGUCUGGAGGUGCAUGGAAGGUCUACGUAGAUGGAUCCUCCAACAAUAAAGGAAGUGGAGCUGAAAUCAUACUAGAAAUCCCAGAAGGAGUAACAAUUGAUCACUUCUUGAACUUGGGAUUCCCUACUUCAAAUAAUCAAGCUAAAUAUGAAGCUCUGAUAGCCGGGUUGAUACAGGCUAAAGAACAUGGAGCUAGAAAGGUACAAAUCUUCAGUGACUCACAGCUGGUAACUUCGCAGAUAGAAGGAAAGUACCAGGCCAAAGGUCCUCUAUUGAUGAAAUACUUGAAUAAAGUUCAAAAAAUGAUGGCCGAUUUUGAUGAGGUGCAAGUUACUCACAUUCCUCGAGGGGAGAAUAGCCGAGCUGACAUCUUGUCAAAGUUAGCAAGCACCAAAAGUCCGGGUAACCACAGAACUGUGGUUCAACAAAGCAUAGCAAUUCCGAGUUGCGUGAUGGUGAUAACCUCGGCAAAUGACUGGAGGAAACCCAUAGUGGAUUACCUGGAAAAAGGAAUAUUGCCAGAAGAUCGUCUAGAAUCUAGAAAGUUGGUCCGAGAUGCGGCACAAUACAAAAUUAUGAACGACCAGCUAUGUAGAAAGGGUUGGCACACCCCCAUGCUGAAAUGCUUGAGUUCGGAAGGAGCAGAAUAUGUCCUCACCGAGAUCCAUGAAGGAAUCAACGACCAUCACAUGGGAGGAAAAACCUUGGCUAGAAAGCUCCUUAGAGCUGGUUAUUACUGGCCGACAAUGGAAGUAGACUCUAAAGCACAUGUCAAGAAAUGUUACAGCUUCCAGAAGCAUGACAAGUUAAUCCUUUCACCACCUGAAGAACUGAAGUGCAUCUCGGCUCCAUGGCCCUUCCAUGUUCGAUUGUGCCAUCUUAAUCAGCCACCACCGUCUCAUGUGCGCACCAUCAGCUUGGGAGGUGUUAGAUAA